AUGGAGAUAGCCGCCACUAGAACUGUCUCCGUCGCGCGGCAAUCGCGUCGAUUGUCGAAUGCCUUCUCCAGGAAGCUUGAUUCCGUCUCUUCUCUUUCGUUUGGUUACUUCGAGAUAAAAUAUUGCGUUGGGAGCUCUAGGCUUUGCGUGUCUGCAUCUUCCAUGGAGGCCAUCACUGCCGAGAAAAUCUCUCCGGCGAGUUUUCUCGACAAGAGAGAAACCGGAGUUCUUCAUUUUGUGAAGUACCAUGGUCUCGGAAAUGAUUUCAUUUUGGUUGAUAACAGAGAUUCAUCGGAACCUAAGAUUACUCAAGAGCAAGCGGUGAAGCUAUGCGAUCGAAACUUCGGUGUUGGUGCAGAUGGAGUGAUCUUUGCAUUGCCAGGAGUCAAUGGUACAGAUUAUUCAAUGCGGAUAUUCAAUUCAGAUGGUAGUGAACCAGAGAUGUGUGGCAAUGGAGUUCGAUGCUUUGCCAAGUUCAUCGCUGAGCUUCAGAACUUACAGGGAAAGCAUAGUUUUACAAUCCAUACUGGUGCUGGCCUGAUUGUUCCAGAAAUUCAAGAUGACGGGCAGGUUAAGGUUGACAUGGGUAUACCUAUUCUUAAAGCACAAGAGGUGCCCACGAAGUUGGCAGGAAACAAAGGUGAAGCUGUUGUUCAGGCAGAGCUAGUUGUCGAUGGAGUAAGCUGGAAUGUGACGUGUGUUAGUAUGGGUAAUCCUCACUGUAUCACUUUCGGUACUAAAGGUGGACCGAAUCUGAAAGUUGAUGAUUUGAACUUGCCAGAGAUUGGUCCAAAGUUCGAGCAUCAUGAAAUGUUCCCAGCUCGAACUAACACAGAAUUUGUGGAAGUUCUAUCACGUUCUCAUUUAAAAAUGCGUGUGUGGGAGCGUGGAGCAGGAGCAACUUUGGCCUGUGGAACUGGAGCUUGUGCUCUCGUUGUUGCUUCAGUCCUUGAAGGUCGAGCCAACAGGAAAUGCACUGUGGAUCUACCAGGUGGACCAUUGGAGAUAGAGUGGAAACAGGAAGACAACCAUAUCUACAUGACAGGUCCUGCGGAAGCUGUAUUCUACGGAUCAGCGCUGCUCUAA